UACAACCCAGACACAACCACAACCAACGCCUAAAUCAAAAUUUACCUCUCUAGGUACCCAUCAUGCCUGCGGUGGGUGUCGAUCAACCAACGCCCGUAGUUCCAGAACGACGACGAAGACAAUCUCCAGAGAUUAUCGAUGUGGAUUUACUCGAUGAUGAUGAUAUUCUCCAGGUGACAGGACAUUCACCACAAAGAAGACGGCUUACGGAUGGUGCGAGUUCGGUGUCUGCUGGGCGAGACUCCAUACUUGUGCUCGACAGCGAUGAGGAAAGAGACAUCCAAUUUAUCGGGAGUAAUUUCUCUCCACCGCGAAUGCGGUCAAACAAUCGUUCCCGCAUCUUUUCUCCACCACCACACAUACAGCCAGAUGUCAUUCCACCUGUCCCUCCUGUGCCACCGCAAUUCGUACCUAUGCGGCGGAGACCGCCUCCUUUUCCCAGGAAUCCCACAGACACAUCCGGUGUCGUUUUGCCCAAUGAACACCCGUUUCCAUUUGAGGCAAGCUUUAGACCAGCUGCUCGGCGAAGAGAGAACCCGUCUGCACCAAUUCCUCCCCCUGCCGCCGCACGUCCUUCACACCAUGUUCCACCAAUGGGGUUUGGCGGUGCCUUACUAGCAAUGACAAGACAUGCCCUUGGUAAUGGUAGUCGGUCUAACGAUGACGAUGGGAUGGCUAGGAGACGACGCUUUCUCUACCCCCCCACAGCAGUGGGCAUGUUCAGACGUUGGGGUGGAUUUGAUUAUAACCCCGAUGCAGUAGCUGAUUUUGAGGACGAGGCUUUUGCGUUCCUCGCUGACGACGAUCCCGAUCGUCCAUUCUAUCAUUACACUGGCGGAUCAUUAGCGGCCAAACCGGUAGAACCUGACUACAAACCUGAGUUCACCCACCCAGAUAAGCCUCCACCUGGAUUUACUUUUGAUUUUGCCCCACAAUCGUCUGCGCCUUCCACGCCCCCAUCGAAUUCCCGCUCAGUCAUCGUAGUAGAUGACUCUCCGGGUCCAAGCAGUGCUAGUAGCAGCCUAUCUGAGGAAGCAGGUGUCACUCUCGCUUGUGCUCAUUGUCGUGAUCCUCUUAUAUUGGGUGGUGCUGAUGUUGCAGAGGGAAGGAGUGGAAGAAAACUAUGGGGAUUACGGUGCGGCCACUUGCUUGAUGGCAAGUGUGUAGAUGGCAUCAUGAAACCAGCCAUCCCGGAUCCACCUCCUGAAUUUGACUUGAAACCCGACGUCAAAGGCAAGGGUAAGGCUAAUGCAGAGGCAUCGUACUGGGGUCCAUUAUUUUCAAAUCCCGUCACUCCUUCGAAAGGCAAAGGCAAAGCGGUUGAAAAUGAGAAUCAGGAUCGUGAUGUGGCUACAGAUACGCAUAUAUCCCCUUCACACCCCCAACCUCCAGAUGGAUCUAUACGGUCUCGUCUCCGUCCUCGUCAUCCACACUCUCCCAAUGCAAUGCACUCUACGGUUUCUUAUGACUUCCCAGCUUCCCCGUCACCGAACCGUAUAUCGGGUCGGUCUGGACCCAGGCGAAGAGGUCCAGCUAAUGCCAGUCCUAGCGGGUUCGGUUCACUCCGAUAUCGUGGGAAGGGUAAAGGGAAGGGCAAGGCCAAGGGGCCUACCAUUGAGGCUGAACAUGAAUGGAGAUGCCCUGUUAGUGGCUGCGAACAAAUCCAUGUUAGCCUUCUCAUCGACGGAAAAUGGACCGCGGACAAAACAAGGGGUGCCAUCGCUGUUUUCGUAUAAUCUCAUCGAUGACAUUAUCACUGUCUUGUCUCGCCGCUUGCUUGCGAUCUACGCAACGGAACCUGGAGUAACAUCGCAAAAUUUAAUAUUACUUUGUUUUCUCGACAUCUUGUUCACGGCAUUUGCCUGCUAAACCAUCAUCGCAGCUGAUGUUUAAUGUAUCACAUUUUUCUCACCUUCAA